AUGGCCCCCAAGGCAGCUGAGAAGAAGCCCUCCACCGGAGGCAAGGCCCCGGUCGGCGGCAAGGCCCCCGCUGAGAAGAAGGAAGCCGGCAAGAAGACUGCCGCCGCCUCUGGCGAGAAGAAGAAGCGCGGCAAGACCCGCAAGGAGACCUACUCCUCCUACAUCUACAAGGUCCUCAAGCAGGUUCACCCCGACACCGGUAUCUCCACCCGUGCCAUGUCGAUCCUGAACUCCUUCGUCAACGACAUCUUCGAGCGCGUUGCCACCGAGGCCUCCAAGCUUGCUGCCUACAACAAGAAGUCCACCAUCUCUUCCCGAGAGAUCCAGACUUCCGUCCGCCUCAUCCUCCCCGGUGAGCUGGCCAAGCACGCCGUGUCUGAGGGCACCAAGGCUGUCACCAAGUACUCUUCCUCCGCCAAAUAA